AUGGCCUCCACCCCGGAUACCCGCCACCGCCGGCGCCGUCCCGCCGGCCCUAACCUUUCCCGACUCCUCCAUGCCGCCUCCACCAACAUAACCUCUCUCCUAUCCCCAAAACCACCGUCUCCGCCGCGACUCUCAUCUAAAUUCCACCUCCCUCUCCUCCUCCCGGACCCGUUUCUCUCACUCGUUUCACCGUCCGCUUCGGCUCCGAUCGAAUCGGCUUCCCAGAUGCGGUCAAAUUCUCCGCUGUCUCCCUCGACAGUCAAGGGCGUGCCAUCUCCGGACACCGGGUCGAGGUUAUCAUCACCGAUGCAAAUCUCGACCGGGAAAGGCGGUGGACCAGCUUUUGUCGGCCAGGUUUUCAGCAUGUGCGACCUUACCGGCACUGGUUUGAUGGCCGUGUCCACUCAUUUUGACAUCCCUUUUCUAUCCAAAAGAACACCAGAGUGGCUAAAGAAGAUCUUUUCUGCAGUCACUAAAAGUGAAAGAAAUGGUCCUGUAUUUCGUUUCUUCAUGGAUUUGGGCGAUGCUGUUUCUUAUGUAAAACAGCUGAAUAUACCAAGUGGGGUGGUUGGUGCUUGCCGUCUUGAUAUUGCGUAUGAGCAUUUCAAGGAGAAGCCUCACCUGUUUCAGUUUGUUCCAAAUCAAAGACAGGUCAAGGAAGCCAACAAGCUUCUGAAAAGCUUGCCGCAGAACGAUGAGAGAAUGAAAGUGGACGGUGUUCCUGUUUUUAGUGCUCAAAACUUGGACAUUGCAAUAGCAACAAAUGAUGGCAUCAAGUGGUAUACUCCUUACUUUUUUGACAAAAAUAUGCUGGAUAAUAUUCUAGAAGAUUCCAUGGAUCAACAUUUCCAAGCAUUAAUUGAAACUCGACACUUUCAACGUCAUGGGGAUGAUAGUUUUGACGACAGUCUGACUGCCGAGGCUGUUGAAGAGAUGGGAGAGAGCAUGUGGGACCCUCCAGAGGUCCAGGACGUACUAGAUGAAGUGGGUUAUCCUACUAUACCACUGAGCAUCAUUUCAAAGGCUGCCGAGAUACAACUUAUGUAUGCUGUUGACAAGGUUCUUCUCGGAAACAGAUGGAUGCGGAAGGCCACUGGAAUUCAACCCAAAUUUCAGUACAUGGUUGACUCGUUUGAGAGAAAGAGCACAGCUUCUUUACUGAGAGCCCAAAAUCGGUCUCGCUUAAUUUCAAACACUGGAUUUGUGGAAGAUGCCCAACUUCAGAGUCCUGCCACUUUAGAAGUGGAAGGGAAGGACAAAAAUCACGAUAAACAAGGGGAGACUCCAAAUUUCCAGUUCCCUUUCGGAGAUUGGUUUGCUCAUCCUUUCUCAAAAGAACAAGAAAAUCAGCAGAACCCGUUAGACACAAGAGAUUCAACUUCGACCCGACAACACAGGGGACGAGAGGCACAAUCAUCUCCAUUCAUCCCCAAGAUAACCAUGGUAGGUAUCUCGAAUGGGGACCCGUCGAAGAUGAGCAAGGCCACUUUAAAGAAGACAAUGGAUGAUUUGACGAAAGAGCUCGAAAAAAUCGAGCAUGCAGAGCAAAAUGACUCGUCUGGUAACGACCAUACGCUUGAUGAUGAGAGGGAUCCACUGUUUGUGGCCAAUGUCGGUGACUAUGGUUCAAGAACUGGACCGGGCAGGUGGGUACGAGGGGGAUCUAUAUAG